CUUAACGGCGGCAGCCGGCCCCCCGAGCCCCGUGGGGGGAUGCUGCCAGCCACUCCCGGGCCCCGGCCGGGCCGCCCAGCGCGGGGAGGCCGCGCGAGACCGCGGUGCGCACUCAGCCGGCGGCGGCAGGGCGACUGCAGGGCCCCGCGCUGGCCAUGGCGGGGUGCUCUGCGGCCCCCCGGCCUCGCCGCCCUCUGCUCGACCCGGAAGGACAAGUGGGUGCUGGGAAGAUGGCGGCGGCGAGUGGGCUGGCGGCAAUGUCCCCGGUGUGCGUGCUGGUCCUAGGCAUGGCCGGCUCCGGGAAAACCACCUUCGUGCAGCGACUCGCGGCCCACCUGCAUGGGCAACGCUGCCCCCCGUACGUGAUCAACCUGGACCCCGCCGUGCAUGACCUGCCCUUCCCCGCCAACAUCGAUAUCAGGGACACUGUGAAAUAUAAAGAAGUAAUGAAACAAUAUGGGCUGGGCCCAAAUGGUGGAAUAGUGACCUCUCUCAAUCUCUUUGCUACAAGAUUUGAUCAGGUGAUGAAGUUUAUUGAAAAAAGACAAAAUGCAUCCAAGUAUGUUAUUAUUGACACACCAGGACAAAUUGAGGUAUUCACCUGGUCAGCAUCAGGAACCAUCAUAACUGAGGCCUUGGCUUCCUCUUUUCCUUCAGUUGUUGUUUAUGUGAUGGACACUUCUCGCAGUACUAACCCUAUCACUUUUAUGUCCAACAUGCUGUAUGCCUGCAGUAUCCUGUACAAGACGAAGCUACCUUUCAUUGUUGUCAUGAACAAAACUGACAUAAUAGACCACAGUUUUGCAGUAGAAUGGAUGCAAGACUUUGAGACUUUUCAAGAUGCCCUGAAUCAAGAGACAUCCUAUGUCAGUAACCUGACUCGUUCUAUGAGUUUAGUGUUGGAUGAAUUUUACAGUUCACUGAAGGUGGUUGGUAUUUCUGCUGUGCUCGGAACAGGACUGGAUGAUUUUUUUGUUCAGCUUUCUAAAGCUGUAGAUGAAUAUGAGAGAGAAUACCGUCCAGAAUAUGAGCGUCUGAGAAAAACAGUGGAGAAAGCUCAAAAUAAACAAAAGAGGGAGCAGCUGGAACAUUUGUGGAAGGACAUGGGCAGUGUGUGUGUGCAGGGAAACACACUUGCAGGGUCUGAUGAUACUUCUGCAAUGGGUCCCUCUGAGCUGAUCCUAACACGAGGAACUCUUGAUGAAGAAGAAGAGAGGGAGAGUGAUACUGAUGACAUUGACCAUGAAGUUACUGAGGAGAGUCAUGAAGAACCAGCCUUCAGAAACUUUAUGCAGGAGACACGGAUGAAAUACCAGAGAAGAAGCAACCCAAAUGAACAAAACCUUCAGAAAUAGAGGGUUUGGAAUCCUUUGUAAUGGAGUUAAAAGUAAAGCGACAGCAUAAAGAAACUUGCAUGGAACCAUGCGUGAAGUCUUCUAUCUGUGGAUAGUUUCCUCUGGUAUAGUUCUACCUUUCUUCCUGCAGUAACUGUUGGUCAUGUGAGUUGAAAGUCUUGUAUCUGACUGACUGGCCAUUUGGCCAUCUGCCACAUCUGCCUUCCUGAAGCUGAAGGAACCAGAUAGGACUUCCUUUUGCUCCAAAUUCUUUAGACAUGCCUGUUGAGAGCUUAGAUUUUGAGCUCUGACAGCAUUAUCAUCCAGAGUACUUACUGGUCUCCAGAAGUGUGAUAUGUUCACGUUGUGCAGACCAGCUGUCUGCUGCAGCCAGGACACAAGUGAAAUCUCCAUUGCAUGAAACUUCAUCAAUCUAGUGUUUGAUAUUUUGGUUUUAGUUAAAUAUAUUUUAUGUACUAACAAAUGUGUGAUGGUUAAUAGCAGGAGAUUUCAUUUCCCUGUUCUAACGUGAGACUUUUUCUAUCCUUACAGCCCAUCCGUAUGGAUGCACAGCAAAUGCAUCUUAAUUACAUUACAUAGACACAAUACAGAUGCCUCCUUGGAGAGUCCCGAUUAAAUAAAAUUCCCAGAAGGGAAAGUAAUAAAAAGAACCUGGCUUGAUUCAGCUGAGGACCAAAGUAUGCAUUCAUAGAAUCAUAGAAUGUCCUGAGUUGGAAGGGACCCACAAGGAUCAUCAAGUCCAACUCCUGUCCCUGCACAGGACAACCCCAAAUUUACACCGUAUCUCUGAGGGUGUUAUCUAAGUGCUUCUGAAAUAGUGUCAGGCUGAUGCCAUGACUACCUCCCUGGGGAGCUUGCUCACAUUGCUGUGUAUUGGCUGCAUAUAUCUGUAGAUAGCAUAAAACAAAGGCAUUUCUGUAGAUGAGUGCUUACAUGGAACGUAGACAAAGACUUGAAGAUUGGCUGAUACUUAUUUUCCUGGAAGGCACCAUGGGCACGGAUGUUCACUUUCUGUUCACCAUUCUGAACCCUGGAAUCUUUGUCAUCUUUCCCCCAAUACAAUGCUGUGGCCUUAAUAGAUUUCUCAGUGGGAAUCUGGCAGCAGGGUCUGCUAGCACAAGUUCUGUAGGUUCGUGGAAAACCAGUUUCUGUGAAUUUUAAAAGUAAAACUGGCAGGGAAGGGAAAUUGACAACCAGCUGUUACCUGCCAGCUCUUAUAUGGUUACUGCUUUAUUAAUGUCGAGCUUUCCAAGAAUAUGACAAUUUCAAAUUUAAACUAGACUGAUCCUAAUAACAAUGAUUAUCAGAAGCAAAGCUGAAAUAAAGAUUUCAUAGCAUACUGGUAAGGUUAAAAAUACAUUUGUUGUUAAUUGUAGAACAGUUUGGGUUAGAAAGGACCUUUACAGGUCAUUGAGUCCAACCGCCCUGUAGUGAACAGGGACACCUUCAACCAGAGCAGGUUGCUCAGAGCCCUGUCCAGCCUGGCCUUGGGUGUUCCCAGGGAUGGGGCAUCGACCACCUCUCGGGGCAGCCUGGGCCAGGGUUUCACCACCCUCAUCGUAGAAAAUUGCUUACUUAGAUCUAGUCUGAAUCUACCAUCUUUUAGUUUAUAACCGUUACCCCUUGUCCUGUCACAACAGGCCCUACUAAAAAGUUUGUCAUGUUUUUUGUAAGCCCCUUUUAAGAAUUGAAAGGCUGGAAUAAGGUCUCCCGAUAGACUUCCCUUCUGCAGGCUGAACAACCCCAACUCUCAGCCUUUCUUCAUAGGGGUGGUGUUCCAGCCCCCUGUUUUUGUGGCCUUCCUCCGGACUCGCUCUAACAGGUCCAUGUCUGUCUUCUACUGUGAGCCCCAGGGCUGGAUGCAGUGCUCCAGGUGGGGUCUCACCUGUUGCAGGAGUCACUUUCUAGCUCAAACAGAAUCCAGUAUGUAGCAUUGUAGCAAGGCUUGCUAAAGCCAUAGUCCCCAAGCUGUGAACUUUUGACUAGAAAUGCUGACCCUAUACUGAACUUUUUCUCAGCUACAUGAAGGAAGGCCCUGAAACUAGUGCAAACCAGACAGAUAAGGUAGCCACAACCAUCAGAAGAAGCUGCAUCCAUUAAGAUAAGAAAGAGAAUGUCCUGCCUGGAGACAGAGAAAGGAUCCAAUAAGGAACAAGAAGACCCCCAGACCCAAAUAUUGUUAUUGGACUGAACUAUUGUGUGAGAGGAGGGGAAGUUAAAUUGGAAGAGUAUAAUUGCCCAGGGAUUUCUUUGUUUGGAGUCCCUUUCCAGAGGCACCCAGCUCGAGCUGUUCUUUGCUGCUGUACCGCUCAAUAAAUGCAUCUGAGAUA